CACUGUCGCAUUUGAAAUAUACUGACAGCUGCCUGCAUCAGGCAGCGGUGCAAGAAAAAUUGUAUAAAUUUUCAAUCAAAUAGAACCAAAAUUAUUCAAUAUAUUUGUCAAUAAAAAUGUACACAGAUGAGGUGAGUACGCCGCAAGCACUCAAGACGCGAUGCUAUGCCAGCUUAAAUGAGCUCAAAUGCCGUGUAACAGCGAGUGGCAGACGAAGCAGCAGCAAUAGCGGCAUCAGCAGCAGCAACCAUUUUAUAGCCGCGGCGUCUGCAACGCCUACGAAUGGCGGCAAAUCGAAUAAAUCAAAGUGCAGCCCCCAAUUGCACGGCACGGUGUGCACACCGCCACCCAAACGACUACAGAAGGUGCGAAAUCCUUUUGAGGGCGCUCUGGCAGAGCGUCUGCAUUUACCAUUGAUAGCCAGUCCCUCACUCUUUCAGUGUCGUUCGCGCACUCCACAGCUCUCCUCCACGCAAUUCGAGUGGGACAUCGAAGAGGUGUCCCAGCUGAAGCCCGCGGAUGUGGAGCCGCAUGAGACCCAAUUUCAUGACUCGCCGGAUCCCGAACAGGAAUCCAAGGCACAAUUGGCUAUUAGCACCUUUUUCAAGGAAUCGCAUAUAGUGCCMAGCCCCGUGGACUGUCCGCUGCGCAAGCAUCGCAUAAUACUUAACGAAAUCAAUGCGAAUACGCCCAUAUCGAACAAAUCCAAGCGUUCYCGGGACUGCGAGGUGCAGACGGAACUCAGUUUGCCUCCUGUGCUGCCCAAGGCACUGGAGGAGGCACUGCGUCCUUAUUUGCAGCCCCACUUGGCGGGUUCCCAGCUGCGUAAGUCAUCUAGCGGCGGGGACAUGUUCAACAGCUCUAUGCGUCGCAAGCUCUUUGAUUUGCAAAAUAUCAUUGUGCUAGGGGAGCGCGAUCAGGAGCAGCUACACUCGGGAGAUGAGCAGCAUGCCCAGAUGGUCGGAUCCAGUCCUCAUGCCAAACAGACCGUGAUUGCUGGCCGCCUCUCUGAUUCUGCCGGUGAGGGUUCAAGUAGCUUUGGUUGCCUAUCGCCAAUUAGGAAUCUCUGCGGUCUGCCACCUGGCACACCGGACGAUGGCACCGGUGAAAGUAGCGGGCGCAGGCGCAAACAGCUGCUGCAAGAACUAGUGGAACUGCCCUCGCCAAUUGCUCCAUCGGAGCAUUUGAGCCGGCGCCUACACAGGAGCAAAAGCAGCAACAGCAGCGAGCACGUGACCCUCUCUGAGCUGACGACCACGGCACGAACCGCUUGCAAAUUUACGCCCGAUCGCAGUUCCUCGCCGAUGGCCCUAGAGUACUCAACAGAUAGCAGCAUCAAUCAGCGUGUGAGCCGUCUGCAUAUGAAUAGCAUCAAGCAAUUUCCCAAUGUUUCAGUACUGGAACAGGCAAAUCUGCUGGUGGAGCAAGAUAAUGAUGAAACAACWGAGGUGGACUUUGAUACAGAUGAGGACGAGGAUGCCGACACAGACGGCAUGCAAUURUCACAGYUGUCCACGCAAAGCUUCAAUUGCAGCUCCAAUUCGGAUACGCCACGUCAUUGUCGACGACGCUCUGCUAACAGAAAGAACUUAUCGCAAUCCUUCGGUGCAAAUCUACUAGACGAUGUGGAGCCCGAGCAACAGGCGGACAAAGUCGAGGCACCGCAAGUUGAGAACAUUGCAGAUGCAGCACCUCGCACUGGCUUCUAUCGCACAGACAGCGGAUUCAAUGAGACGAACAGCACCUCGAAUUUCGCCUGUUCCCAGGAACUGCCCAGUACUUCGUUAGAUGUAUCAAUGGUCUGUUGCUCAACGCCUUCGACACGCUCCUGACAUUAAUCGUAUGAAGUCGAAAUCGUAUUGCAAUAACCCUUGUCUUGAUUUAGUUAAGGAUCAGUCUGAACUGCAAUGUAGCCCACCGUAUAUACCCAAGGCCUUUCAUGUUCAUGUUUAGUUCAUUUUUUAUUAAUUUUGUGUGUGAACUUAUUUAGAAAAUUUAAAUAACUUUUGUCCAUGUAGUUGCCAAACUAGUUAAAUAAGUUGUCAUCGUUUGCAAUUUCAUAUUAAUUG